GAGACGGAGGAGGCGGAGGCGGCAGCGGCGGCGGGUGGCGGCGGGGGAGGCCGGCCGCGGCCUGGUCCCGGCCCCGAUGUGCCAGAGCGGGAAGCGCGGGACCCCGACGAGCUACAGUCUUUCAGCCGGGGAUCCUGUCUCUCAGACUGAAUUCUCAGCAAAGGAUGGAGAACAUCCUGGCUGAUUUGUGUGGAACCAGCCCAGAGGACCCACUCCCUGUUUGGGAUCAUGGCAGCAUUGGCCAUUGCUUUAAUCAGCUGACAUUAAAUGUGAUUCCUCAUGUGGUCCUUGCAGUGGUCAGUGCCUGCUUCCUUGGCACUCCAAGAAUCAGCUCCCGAGUGCCUUGCAGGCCAGGGUGGGGAUGCAGAAUCACCGCAUCCUUAGUACUUGCUGGCCUGUUCCUUGUUGAUACCAUCCCAGCCACCAUUUCUCAGCAGGAGCUGGGCCCUGUGUACCUGGAAGUGCUUGCCAAUGGCACUGCUGCCCUGACAUGGCUCACACACAGCUUUGUUCUUCUCACGCUCUGCAAGUCCGUUCACAGUUUUACCAGAGGCCCUGUGGUCCUGAUGCUCCUCACUCUUUUGCCCAUACCUUCGUUCAUCAUCACGCUGGUGUGGUACUACCAAAGCGGGACAGCUUGGUCACCUGCCCACCCUACUGCCUCCUUCAGGUUUGCCAUUCUCUGCCUUCAGCUGGCCUCUCUGCUUGUGUAUGUGAUAGCCUGCCUCUUUCCCACUGCUGGCAGGCAAGACUUCCUCUCCAUCAAUAGCUCCUGGCAACAAGACCAGCUCAUCUCAGAGCCAGGGAUCCCAGUGCCUGAUCAGCAGAGAGUGUCAGAAGAUGGUGAGAGCUGGCUCUCACGCUUCUUUUAUAUUUGGAUGAACCCUCUUAUGAAAUGUGGCUAUCAGUGGAAGCUGAACCAACCACAGGAUGUCUAUGUACUUCCUCACCAGCUGGAGGCUGCCAGGGUCUGUGAGCGGUUCUACUCUUGUUGGCAGAAGAAGGCAGCUCUGCACCAAGUAGAGGAGGAGACGGUGUCUCUUACUAGCUCAAUCAUUGCUGGAGGCAAUGGGAAUAGCGACGCCCCAGACAGCUUGCACCAUGGCCAGGAGGCCGUGCAACUCUUCUCAGUCCUUCAUGCAGCUUUUGGGCUUCGUUUCUACUCCCUUGGACUUCUUAAGCUGGCUGGCAACCUGCUGGGUUUCUCAGGUCCUCUGCUUCUGAACCUGCUGGUGAACUUCAUGGAGUCACAGCAGGAGCCCCUGAGCCAUGGGGUGCUCUAUGCUCUCGGGCUCUUUGCUGGCUCCUUCCUGGGUGCUCUUUUGCGGAACCAGUUCAGCUAUGAGGUGAACAAGGUGACACUGAUGGUGCGGGCUGCUGUCAUCUCUGCCAUCUACCACAAGGCUCUGCGUGUCAGCAGUGCCAGUAUUAUGCGCUUCACAGUAGGGGAAAUUGUCAACUUCAUGAGCACGGACACCAGCAGGUUGGUCAACUUCUGCCUCAGCUUGCACGAGGUGUGGAGCCUGCCUUUCCAGUUUGCCAUUACCCUCUACCUCCUCUACCAGCAAGUGGGAGUAGCUUUUCUGGGAGGCUUGGCCCUGGCACUGCUGCUUGUGCCCAUAAACAAGCUCAUAGCUAACUACAUUGUGAUGAACAACAAGGAGAUGCUGAAACACAAGGAUGCACGGGUCAAGCUAAUGACAGAGUUCCUAUGUGGCAUUCGUGUGAUCAAGUUUUAUGCCUGGGAGAAGCACUUCAGCACCAGGAUAAAUGCCUGCCGGGAUGAGGAGCUGCAGAAGCUACGAGCCAUCAAGUACUUGGAUGCUGUGUGCGUGUAUCUGUGGGCAGCACUGCCUGUUGUAGUCUCCAUUACCAUUUUCAUCACCUAUGUCCUCUUGGGUCACCAGCUCACUGCCACAAAGGUGUUCACAGCAUUGGCCCUUGUUGGGAUGCUUAUUCUGCCCCUCAACAGCUUCCCGUGGGUGUUGAAUGGGACCUUGGAAGCUAAAGUUUCCUUGGAUCGAAUCCAGUGUUUCCUUGAACUUGUGGACCAAGACCUGGAAGCUUAUUAUGCCCUAGAUAGCCCUUCAGGGACUGCUGUUGCCAUGGAGAUGCAAUGUGCAUCCUUCUCAUGGGUGCCAGUUGAGGAGGAAGGCACCACGCAGCCCUUAUCCACAGGCAGUCUGCAACUGCACAUUGAGAACCUGUCGGUGAGAAAGGGGAUGCUUCUGGGGGUUAUUGGGAAGGUUGGCUCCGGGAAAAGCUCUCUGCUUGCAGCCAUCGCUGGAGAGCUCAUUAAACAAGGUGGACGAGUGUAUGUUAGUGACCUGGAGCAAGGAUUUGGUUUGGCCACACAAGAGCCUUGGAUACAGUUUACCACUGUCCAAGAGAACAUCCUUUUUGGGCGGGAAUAUGAUGCAACGCUGUAUGAGGAGGUGGUGGAAGCCUGUGCCCUUUCUGAGGACCUGAACAUUUUACCAGCAGGUGACCAGACAGAGGUGGGUGAAAAUGGUGUGACACUCAGUGGGGGACAGAAAGCUCGAAUAGCCCUUGCCAGAGCCGUUUACCAGGACAAAGAGUUUUACCUCCUUGAUGAUCCCCUGGCUGCUGUUGAUGCAGAGGUAGCCAACCAUCUUAUGCAGAAAUGCAUUCUUGGAGUUCUCAAACACAAGACCAGGAUCCUUUGCACCCACAGAACGGAAUUUCUGGAGAAGGCUGAUGCCUUGUUAUUGAUAGACAAUGGCAGAAUAGUUAAGACAGGUACACCAGCUGAUAUCUUGCCACUUGUGGAAUUCUUCCCCAAGUUCAAGAAUGUGGACAAGAGGCAGAAGAAUAAAGCCCCCGAUGAACAGGGCCAAGAAGAGGCUGUAGAGACAGAGGCAGAAGAAACAACCCCAAACAAUCAUCUAAUCCACAAGGAGGAAGAGAAGAAAGAAGGGGCAGUAGCUUUUCAGGUUUACAAGGCAUACUGGCUGGCAGUGGGCAGCUGCUUGGCUUUAUCCAUUCUCUUCUCUCUGUUCCUGAUGCAAGCAUCCAGAAAUAUUUCAGAUUGGUGGCUCUCACACUGGAUCUCCGGCAUAUCCCAGACAGCAAAUACUUCUGUGGUGGUCUGCUCAGCUUCCCCACCUUCCCCAGAGUUGCUUCUCUUCUCCGUUGUUGGGCUUGUCUCCCCCAUUCAGGCUUUGGAUGCCACCCCAGCCCCUUCCAAUGGCUCACUGGAUGUGAAUUUUUACCUGAUGGUUUACGGAAGCAUUGCAGGGGCCAACUCCCUCUUCACCAUUCUUCGGGCCUUCCUCUUUGCUUAUGGCACUAUCCAUGCUGCCACUGUCAUUCACAACCGACUGCUCCAGAGGGCUCUAAAGGCCACAGUUACUUUCUUUGACACCACACCAACAGGCCGGAUCCUGAACCGCUUCUCCUCAGACCUGUACAGUGUGGAUGACAGCCUGCCAUUUAUCCUCAACAUCUUCCUGGCCAACAUGUAUGGGCUUUUGGGCAUGCUGGUGAUAAUCACCUAUGGCCUCCCUUGGAUUGGUCUGAUUUUAAUCCCCUUGGCUGCCCUCUACUUCUCCAUCCAGCGCUAUUAUCGGCGCACGUCCCGGGAGCUGAAACGCCUUUACAGUAUCACCCUGUCACCUCUUUACACUCACUUCUCAGAGACCCUCUCAGGACUGAGCAGUAUCAGAGCCAUGAGGGCAACACAAAGGUUUGAGAUGGAGAAUCAGCUGCGCCUGGAGCAGAACCAGCACUGUCUCUUUGCCAGCAACACAGCAAUGCAGUGGCUGGACAUCCGCUUGCAGAUGAUUGGAGUUGCUGUGAUUACUGCUAUUGCAGGAAUUGCUAUCAUCCAGCACCAGAAGCAACUGGGAAAUCCAGGACUUGUGGGUCUGGCACUCUCAUAUGCCCUGUCAGUCACAAACCUGCUCUCAGGCCUCAUUUCCAGCUUCACUCUGACAGAGACCAUGAUGGUGAGUGUGGAGCGGACAGAGGAAUACAGCACAGACAUCCCCAUGGAGCCCCAGGAUAAACUGGUCCAGGUCGCUGCUGACUGGCCAAGUCAGGGGCUUGUAGAGUUCCAGCAAGUGGUCCUGGCCUACCAAGGGGGCUUGCCUAAUGCACUUGAUGGUGUGAACUUCACCAUUUACCCUGGAGAGAAGGUGGGGAUUGUGGGUCGCACAGGAUCUGGAAAAUCCACCCUUUUCUUGGCCCUUUUCCGCAUGCUGGAGCUAAAAUCAGGACAGAUUCUCCUGGAUGGUGUCAACAGCAAGCUGGUGGGCUUGGACGAGCUGAGCAAGCAAAGACACCCCACCCCAGGAAGGAAAAACUACCGGCCUUCGUUUUUCUGUGGAACCCACCCCAUGAACCCUCAGCUCUCAUUUGGUUGCAGAUCUAGGCUGGCCAUCAUCCCCCAGGAUCCAUUUUUGUUCAGUGGUUCAAUCCGAGAGAACUUGGACCCCCAGGGAAAAAGGAAAGAUGCUGAGCUCCGUGAGGUGCUAGAGCAGUGCUACCUGUGGGAUACUGUUACUCAAAUGGGUGGAUUGGACAGCGAGCUGGGAGAGAGGGGAAGGAAUCUGUCUGUGGGCCAGAGGCAGCUGGUGUGUCUGGCGAGAGCCCUCCUGACACAGGCCAAGGUACUGUGCAUUGAUGAGGCCACAGCCAGUGUGGAUCAGAAGACAGACCAGCUGGUGCAGCAGACCAUCCGCCAGCGCUUUGCUGACAAAACUGUUCUGACAAUCGCUCACAGGUUGAACACCAUCCUAGACUCGGACCGUGUGCUGGUGAUGCAGGCUGGAAGAGUGGCAGAGCUGGAUUCACCCACCCGCCUAAGCCAGAAAGAUGGCUCCUUGUUCCAGCGCCUCCUGCACAGCGGGCAGCAGUGACUUCCUCCUGGGCUGAGCCCAGGCAGCCCUCCUGGCUCUGUGCCUGGCUUCCCCCUCACCUAUCAGCACUGUCACUGCAGGGCCAGUAGCUGCUGAGGUGAGAGAAGGGUUUAUUCCUGCCUGCAGACAGUGAUUGUGAGUCCUCAGGGAUUCCCUGAGGCUCCUGCAUGGCACUGCAGCCUUUCCUUUAGUAGGGAAGAUGGGAUCUGGUGUUUAGGGCCAUGCAAGCCUGGCUGUUGGGAUACUGCUCCCCUCCAAGGCUCCCCUUUGAGAUGACAGAGGGAUUUUCUGCUCACUGAACAAUCAGUGAAUCCUAAUCUGAGACUUAGUCUCACAUGUACAAUUUAAAAUAAAAGUGGAAACAUC